AUGGCCAGUUCCACCCAGUCUUUAUUCAACCUUGACCCGGCGCACAUCGCAUGCAUCGGAGGACGGACGGUAGUUACAUGCAAGGGUUGCGCAGGGAACGCCCCGAGAGGAACAAUCUGCCUCGGCUGUAACGGUCGCGGCUUCAACAUCUUCGUCUGUGCACACUGCAACCCCGCAGCUGCAGCAGCCGCAGCCAGAGCAACGGCGAACCCCACAGCUGCAUCUGCAGAAACACCCGGCUCCUCGGCACCGUCAUCCCCGGGCUCGCUAAGUCGCAGCUCAUCGACUUCGCAUCCUUCACAUGCUGAUCCGAGUGUCGCUCGGUCCUACGCAAAAUAUGGAGAUGGUCGUGACAGUACGAGCUGUGGACGGAUUGAUAGCAAUAUACAUAAAUCGCGGAAUCCGUGA